AUGGAGAGAGAAUUGGUUAACAUGUUCAUGGAUACCUUGCAAGGUCCUUACUAUGACAGAAUGGUGGGUAGUACUUCUACUGGUUUUUCCGAAUUUGUAAUGGCUGGAGAGAGAAUUGAAGUCGGUCUCAAGAUGGGGGGCAUGCCACCUCCUCCUGAGAGACUCCCUGGAGGUUAUAAUCCUAAUGCUCAUUGUGAAUUUCAUUCUGGUGGUAUAGGCCAUGAUGUGGAGAAUUGUUGGGCCCUUAAAUACAAAGUGCAAGAAUUAUUGGAUUCCAAGGCCAUUCAGUUCACCCCGAACAAUGGGGCUAAUGUUAUUCAAAAUCUGAUGCCAGCUCACGGCGGAUCUACCGUUAAUAUGAUGGAAGAGGGGGAGAGUUUGAAUUUAAUCAUGGAUGUAAAUCUGUUGUCUACUCCUCUUCCAUGUGUCAAGAGUUACCUGAUCCAAAAUGGUGUUUUUCCUGGGUGUUCCCCAGAUUGUUGUGAAUGCCAGAAUCAGCCCAAUGGAUGUGUUAGUCUGAAGAUUGGGAUUCAGAGUUUGAUCAAUGAAGGUAUUCUACAGUAUGAUAAGAUUUUGAAGGACGGGAAAGUUGUAGAUAAAGAGGUGGCAGUAAUUUCCAUUCCAUAUACUCCUGCAAAUAUUUCGGCACAUGCCCGACCUACACCUUUGACAAUCACAUUGCCUGGUCCUAUCCCUUACUCCCGCGAGAAUGUUGUACCUUGGCAUUAUGGGUCAGAUGUUUAUUACCAUGGAGUAAAGCAAGAAGGGAGGCGAUCCAAAGACAACCCAAAUAAUGUUGAUGCCUUGGAGAGAGCCAAGGGUAAACAAGUGGUGAGUGAUGAUUCAGGGUCUGCGCAAGUUAAUACUCCGAAUGUAGUACCUGAGACUUCUUCGUCCCAAGAAGUUGAAGAGUUAUUGAGAUUGAUCAGGAAAAGUGAUUAUAAAGUGAUAGAUCAUCUGAACCAGACGCCGUCUAAAAUUUCAAUCUUGUCCUUGUUAUUGUGUUCCGAAGCUCACGGGAAUGCCUUGAUGAAAUUAUUGAGUUCUGCUUUUGUGUCACAAAAUAUUACUGUCAACCAACUAGAAAGGGUUGUGGCCAAUAUUUCAGCUGAUAAUGGUUUGGGUUUUAUAGACUUUGAUCUUCCUCAAGAAGGAUGCAAUCAUAACAAAGCCUUGCAUAUUUUUAUGGAAUGUAAAGGAACUACAUUAUCCCAUAUGUUAGUAGACACCGGAUCAUCCUUGAAUGUGAUGCAUAAAUAUGCCCUGAUGAAGAUUGAUUAUAUAGGAGUUGAAUUGCCCCCCAGCGACUUGAUAGUCCGGGUCUUUGAUGGGUCUCGAAGAGCUAUUUUUGGUGAAGUAGACCUACCUGUCAAAAUUGGACCCCAAGUUUUCGGUACGACAUUCUUCGUCAUGGACAUACAGCCUGCAUACUGUUGUUUGCUAGGACGCCCGUGGAUUCAUGGGGCAGGUGAUGUAACAUCUAUAUUACAUCAUAAAAUGAAAUUUCCAAGUGGUGGUAAGAUUGUUAUUGUGUGUGGCGAAGAAGAGUACAUGAUGAUCAAAACCCCUCGUUUUGAGGAUAAAAGGCAUGUAGUUUCCAUAUCUUCGUUGAAAGACGCCAGAGCAGUGGUCGAGAGUGGUCACCCCGAAGGUUGGGGUCGUGUGUUAGAUCUUCCUUUGAAAUCUGAUAAAUUGGGCCCCAGAUUCAGCAUUUCCCAGCAAGGCAUAGCUCCCCAAGCUCCAAAAAUUCUCACUUCGAUGAGAUUUACAAGUGUUGGAUUUAUCAAUAAUGAUCAGGCCAAUGUUGUUGGUGAUGAUGAUGAUAGUGAUUAUGACAUCGACAACUGGAUCCGACCAAGUGUCCCAGGUGAAGAACUUUGCAAUUGGACCGCAAAGGAUGUCACCCAAGUCACAAUUAAUCAAGAAUCCACGUCCGCCUCGGACCCCAUUGAUAGCGAUUUUGCUAUCACUCAUUAUGACUUUCACAAUCCGAUCUACCAAGUCAAAGAAGAAGGCGACAAAGACUGUGAACUCCCUGAAGAGUUGGCGAGAUUAUUGAGGCAAGAGGAAAAGGUCAUCCAGCCGCACCAAGAAGACAUUGAGGUUGUGAAUCUUGGAAAUGAGGAUGACAUAAAAGAGGUCAGAAUAGGUUCUUAUUUGGAAGAAAGUGUGAAGACCAGGUUGAUCGAUAUGCUGCGAGAAUUUACCGAUAUAUUCGCUUGGUCCUAUCAAGACAUGUCAAGGUUGGACGCCGAUAUUGUGUUGCAUAUGCUACCUUUGAAGGAAGAAUGUCCACCAGUUAAGAAGAAGCUUUGA